CUUCCCCAUCUUCAUCUCCAUUUCCAUCUCCAUCUCCACCGCCAUCAACGAUCCAAAACAAGCUUUUUUUCAGUCGCAAAAAUGGGGAAUUGUCAGGCGAUCGACGUUGUGGCGGCGGCCAUUAUCCAGCACCCCAACGGCAGCCUCAAGAAGCUCUACUGGCCGACUACCGCCGGGGAAGUGAUGCGGAGUCACCCGGGCCAUCACGUCGCCUUAGUCUCCUUCCACAUCUCCGGCGAUGUUCUCAACACAAAAGGAGACGCCGGCGGCGACGGCGGCGAUACUGGUUCUCUCCGGUUCAUUCGUGUACGGCUCCUUAAGCACAAUGACCUGCUCCUCAUUGGUCAAGUCUACCGCCUUGUCACCUCCCAAGAAGUCGCAAAAGCAGUGCAGGCGAGGAAGCAAGAGCGGCAUAUGAAGGCCCAGGCCGAGCUGAUGAAGCAACAACAGCACAAACAGAGACGUCCGCAGAGCGCAGGCGUUGAGGGAAGGGAUCAGGUGGUAAAGAAUGAGAAAGAGAGGCCGAGGAAUUCUCAUCAAUGGCGUCCUUCGUUGCAGAGCAUCUCAGAGGCUGGAAUUGAAUAAUCUGAAGCACUGAGCUUCGAUUAAUCAGAGUUGUCCUUAGAUCUGAAGCUGCUGCUAUGCUAAGAAUACAAUGUAAGGUUUAUAGAUCAAUUGUUAUUCAGUUGAAAUCAAUAUCAAUAUGUGAUGGACUGUACUGUUAUAUGAAUCAACGUUUUCAGUACGCAAAAAGCUCUGAGUUCAUCAUUAGAAGUCAGAGUUGUGGUUUAAGGUACAAGUUGAUAUGAAUAGUACUUCUGAUCGAAUUGUGAUGAAAUGGCAGCCUAUCUACUUUUCAGUAUAAUAUAUCUGUGUAAGUUGUACAGAGAAUUGGAGCAAUUAAAACUGUAGUUAAAGCUGAAGAGUUUCUUUUGGGUACA